AUCGGAUCGGAUCGUUGUGUGCUCUGCUACUUCGCUACUGUGCUACUGUGCCACUGUGGUGUGGAGUUAUGAGGAGAGGCAACGCACUACGGAUCGCAGUUCUUGUGGUGUGGCUUAUGCCUCUGUGCCGCUGAUUUUUUGUCUGUGUAAAAAUAAAAUUGCUCAAAUACGAAAUACAUAAAGUGCCUGUCUAGUGCGCGAAGCUGCCUUUUGAGAAUAUUGAAAAGCAGGUAAACAUUGGGCAAACGUUGACAUUCGACUCGAAUCGAAUCGAAUCGAAAUUACCUUCAAAAUGCAUCUCCUAUGAUUCGGAAAAGUUGCGAAUCGAAGUGCAGUUGCCGCCUGAUAUACGAACGUACAGUGCAUUUAUCACGUCCCCGGGUGGACGGUCUAUUAUCCAACACAACGACAACGAGAUCAUUAGCAACUAAGCAUGAAAGUAAUGUGCUAUAUUUUUGAAUUCCUGUCAGUUGUUCAACUGCUGGUCGAAACUCAGAGUGGGCACGUCCAAGAGGCGAAAAGGUCCAUAAAUGCAGAGAUACGAGACGCACUGGGCCACCAUCGGUCGUACCAUGGCUCCCACUGGAUCGACGGAAAGCGGGUCCACCGGAUGCGUAUGCCCCACCAGCGCUGGAGUGGCCGGCGACGGUCGAUCAACCAUCACCAGCCCUUCAGCCGCUGGACCCAGUGGACGCCCUGUGACGAGGAGUGCGUAAAGCGGCGGGAGCGAUACUGCAAGGCGAAGCGCCGUUGUGGUCACACCAAGCACGUGGAGCAGAGCAAGUGUCGACGCUGCCAUCCGGCACCACAUCCACCUAUGAAGUGGCAUCAGACAAUAGCCAGAGAGCCGGUGCACAUCCAGCAGGAGCAUCACAGCCAGCCGUCGAUAAUCAUCAAUGCAGCGGCUGCUGCUUCAAGUGGUCCCUCUUCUACAUACGCCACGGCACACCCGCCAGAACCCCCCACCAGCUAUUGGCCGCCAAGUCCUCCCCACGAAUCGGUGGAGGUGGUGCACAGGGUGCCAUCGCAUCGUCCCAAAGUGGUGUACAGCGAGGAGGAUGAGGAGCAGGAGCAGGAACAGGAAUCUGAUGACUCGGGGUACUCCGGAGAGCGCGGCGACUUCUUUGUGCUCAAACACAAUCGCCACAGGCGACGACAACGCCCCAGGAAGCGUCCGCAAAGGAUUAAAAAGCCGAGCUACUCCUACGAAGAUGAUGAUUUUGACGACUAUUUGCAGCCAAAGUCCCUGCGGCCACGGAACAUGAUCGUGGACAGCAGCAGCGGCCUAGAGGGCGACAUUUUCCAGUACGAGGACUUUGAUCUCGAGCAGGAGAACCUCGAACCGGAGUCGGAGGAAUACCUCGACUUCCGAAACGACAGCUGGCCCCAGUCGCCGAAGGAACGAUACACGCCAGACGGACUCAUUCCACGCCGCAGACGUAUUUACUCCAAGUGGAGCCGGUGGAGCAGGUGCACUCCGAAAUGCACCACGCGACGCUACAAAAAGUGUCGAAUCAACGAGCAGUGCGGUCGCGAGGUGCUCCGCGAGAUCGCCUACUGCUACACGGAGGGAAGCUUCUGCCAGCAGUGGCUGCAGACCCAGUUUCAGAAGACGCCCGCCUAUGAGACGAGGCCUGGUCCCGGCUCAGCUCCUGCCAUGCAGCGCAGGCAGUCGGACGCCGCAAUGAACAGGCUUACGAACAACGAACUUGGGGUAAUCAUGACCAGCAAGGGCUAUCGUGGGCCAGAGUACACGCCGAUCAAGCUCCACUGCGGCAUCGCGCGCAGCGGGAGCGGACGACGCAACAUGAACAACAUGCUGAAGAUUAUUGGUGGCAAGGCGGCUAGAAAGGGGGAGUGGCCGUGGCAGGUGGCCAUCCUGAACCGCUUCAAGGAGGCCUUCUGCGGAGGCACGCUCGUUGCGCCCAGCUGGGUCCUUACAGCCGCCCACUGUGUUCGGAAGGUGCUCUACGUACGCCUAGGGGAGCACAAUCUCGACUACGAGGACGGAUCCGAGGUGCAGCUGCGGGUGCUGAAGAGCUUUAAACACCCGAACUUCGAUAGGCGUACGGUCGACAGCGAUGUGGCACUUCUAAGGCUCCCUAAGCCAGCCAAUGCCACCACCUGGAUUGGCUACUCUUGUCUGCCACGACCCUUUCAGGCACUGCCCAAAAAUGUGGACUGCACGGUGAUCGGAUGGGGGAAGCGUCGCAACCACGAUGCGGCGGGCACGAGCGUGCUGCACAAAGCGAAUGUGCCCAUCAUCCCAAUGGAUAACUGCCGAAACGUUUACCACGACUACACCAUCACAAAGAACAUGUUUUGCGCUGGUCACCGCCGUGGACUCAUCGACACCUGUGCCGGGGACUCGGGCGGCCCUUUACUGUGCCGUGACACCACCAAGCCCAACCAUCCGUGGACCAUCUUUGGCAUAACUUCGUUCGGCGAUGGCUGCGCCAAGCGCAACAAAUUCGGAAUAUAUGCCCGGGUGCCGAACUACGUCGACUGGGUGUGGUCCGUGGUUAACUGCAAUGGAAACUGCAAGAUGCAGUAGUCAUUGCUGAUUUAUUUUUGAUUUAUUGAUGCUGGGGACUUGAGUCCGAUCUGUAGCAGAGGCUGUGAAAGAUUAAUGUAUACCUUAAGUGCCUUAAGAUCCGUGAGGUAAAUCCUCAGAUUACGAGCCCAAACUUAUGAAAGCUAGAAGUUCCCUAAAUAAGUCCAUGCAUGUAAUUAAGUCUAUUCGGAAAGGGUUUAAAAAAAACCAUUCAAACGAUGUUUCGACUCCAAAUCUCGUUCUAGCUGGGCUCCCUUAUGUACAUAGAAACUCGUAAAUAAUUUUUUUUACUCGACCCAACUUUAUGUUAUAUGUUAAAAAGUUAUAUAUGUAUGUAUAUCUCGUAUUCCCGUAAGCUAAGUUAAGAACAUGCAGAAAUCUGAGAUUCACCAAUGUACUUAACCACAGUUUAGUUGGCAGCACACUUUUAAUGAACAUUUUUAAGAGAUUCAACAAUCAAAUCAAUGUGUAAAUAAUGCAAGUAUUUGACUUUUUACCCUGUCUAAUAAGUAUUUUAAUGAUCAAUUAACGAAAAUGUAGUAGAAUAGCAAAUUAAGUCAAUUAAGUCAGGUCUGAUGGCAGAAACGAAACCCGUUUAGAUCAGUCUAGAGCUAUUUUGAAUCGAAGUACCCAGAUGGGUACACGAUUUAUGGCGCUAUUGGAAUUGCUAUGGAAUUCAAGAGAUCUACAGAAUUGAGCAGAAUUCAUAUACAUAUGUAAUCAAAAUUCCAACAAUUCCAAAUUCUGCUGCUCUGCUGAUAAAUCAU